UCAAGUCUUCUAUAAAAUCUCAUCAAUUUCCUUUACCCAAACAAAAACAAGAACUCACCUUCCUUCAGCUUUUUCUUCUUCGUCAAUAAAUCAUCAUGAAGUCUUCAACAAGUUCAAGUGAUCGAUACCAAAAAUUUUCAUCGUCCUUCGGCGAUGAAACGCCGUCGCCAAUGGGCGUUCCAGUGAGCUCAAAAACACAAUUUUACGUGGAGACAAUUGAUAAGCAACCAGCAAUGUAUAGAAAGAAGAAGAAUGAUGUUCCAUGGUCAACUGGUUUAUGUGACUGUAUGUCCGAUCCCAAGAAUUGUUGCAUAACAUUAUGGUGUCCAUGCAUCACUUUUGGACAGGUUGCGGAGAUUAUUGACAAGGGUUCUAAUUCAUGUGGAGUAAAUGGAGCACUAUAUGCAAUAAUAAUAUGUGUGACUGGUUGCCCAUGUUUUUACUCUUGUUUCUAUCGUUCCAAAAUGAGACAACAAUACUUAUUGAAAGAAAGCCCUUGUGGAGAUUGUUUGGUUCAUUGUUUUUGUGAAGCUUGUGCCUUAUGCCAAGAAUAUCGUGAGCUCAAAAAUCGUGGAGUUGAUUUGUCCAUUGGAUGGCAUGGAAAUGUGGAGAGGCAAAAUCGUGGAGUGAUCAUGCCACCAACAAUUGAAGGUGGGAUGAAUAGAUAAGGAUAGUAAUAGUGAAUAUUAUUAUAUUAUAGGAAUAUAAUUUGUUAGUGGAUUGUGAGUGCUCAGAUUUGUGAUCUAAUUAUGUACAUGUUUAUUAAUGAUAUUGUGGUCUACUUAUAUGAACUUGGGCAAUUCUCCUUGCAUAAGCUAAAUUUUCGAGCUGAAUUAGGCCCAAGUCACAUAUCUGUACAACCAUAAAAAGAUGGAAUAUGUUUUGUUCAAACACACAUCACCAAAGGGACAACAAAAAGGCAACCAGAGCCAAUGUAAAAGCCAUUUGAAGCACACCAAUGACACCAUAAUGGAAGGCAAAAAAUACCUUGCCCUAUAUAUAUAUAUGAAUCUUUACUUGAAAUAAGCUUUAUUCCA